GCGUUCGCUCAGGCAAGCGGUUCAUAUCUCUGUAAAGCACCACAGAGCCAUCAGCAGUGAACACGCGAGUCAGACAAAAUGAACAGAAGAAACAGAAAAAAACUCUCUCUGGCAGAUGUGCGUUCGGUUGGAUUAGACUUUAUAGAGCUGCUGGAGGGAUCCAACAGGAGAUCUAUUACUGAGAAAGAAGAGCUCAGAGACAUUUACUAUAACGAGUUUCAAAACAGGGACGGAGUCAGAGAUCCAAGCUUCUUUAGUGUCCUGUGUGCAUUAAGUAAAAACAAAGACGCUCGCAUUACUGAAGAUGGACGCGUUUACUUCAACACUCGGGUACAAUUGCGUUCACGCGAUCAAUGGUUUAGACCCCUUCACAGACAAAACCAAGCCUCGCCCAUUCAGACUAAUGGUAGUUCCCCACCACUCCCUAAUGGCCAGGAGACCUCUGACCCGCCUUCGGUUCCAGGGCCAGAUGGUGAAGUAAGGGCAAGGAGAAAACUAGCUAAAGACAUACUACGCCGACUGAACACUGUAGACAGGUCUGAAUUUAUAGCUGAUAAAUAUGGGGUACGAGUGUUUUCAGAGGCACUGACAGAAGACGGCACGAUUCAGUUCUUCGUGGACAGAGCAGAAGUUCAUGAGCUGAAGCUGUUUGUGGAGAAUACGGGUCAGGAGGUGGUGUAUUUCACAUACUACACGGCCCUCCAAUGGCUUCAGUAUUUUACUCUGGAAGACAGCAAGAAAGUCACACGCAACAAUCCGCUUCGCCUUAAACCAAGUGAACGAUACGAGGUGAUCGUGAGAUUCAAAUCAGAUCACAUUGGAGUUUAUUCUGCCACACUGGCAUUUGAGUUCAAGAAAGACAGCAUGACAGACAGUUUCCACAUUGUGCGCUUCACUGAAGUGGUUUACAGGUCCGAACUUGCUGCUCAACUUGGUCCCAAAGAACCAUAUAAACCCUUCAGACUUGAGCCCAAUAAACCAUCGAAAUUCAGCAUGGAUGAGGGUUUUCGACCUAAAGAUUCUACUCGAAACUUUUUGAAAUUUGUUGUGCCAUUGGCGCAAUACCCUCUUCCAUCGGACAUCCAUACGAUGGUCAAUUUCCUGAAAAGCAGCAAUUCUUCCCGAGCUCCCACAAUACAGCUCCAGAAAUAUCGGUCUCUGCUUGAGAAGGAUCUGAAUUUUCAUGACUACGCAAAGCGUUUUGAAUUACUGCUGUACCUGGAGGAGGAUCAGAUGCGUAUGGACAUAAAGAGAUACAACAAAGAUGAUGUCCCCAUGGAGAAGGACAGUCAAAAUAAACGACUGCUUGUUUUAGAGCUUCCUGGUGUAUCUGAGAACCGUCCAUCAGUUCUGAGGGGAGACCAUCUGUUUCUCACCAAGAGUGAAGAAAUCAAUGCCUUAAAUGUAACGAAAUACAAGGGCUACGUCCACAGAGUAGAACUAGACCAGGUCAAACUGGGCUUCUCCAACAGGCUGCUUGCCAACUUCAUAGAUAAUAUGAAAUUCCAUGUGGAGUUUACUGUCAAUCAUCUCCCACUAAAACUGCAACACCGAGCCGUGAACAUGGCGGUCCAACACAACCUCAGAGAUGUGUUGUUCCCUGCCAGCCUGAGGAACACAAACCCUGUGUCUGCACCUAACCUGAGACUCUUUGAUUUAAAGCUGGAAAGAAAUCCUGAACAGAAAACCGCAGUAUGCAACAUCGUCGCAGGUGUGUCAAAGCCGGCACCGUACUUGGUGUUUGGACCUCCUGGCACAGGCAAAACUGUCACAAUAGUGGAGGCCAUCAAACAGGUGGAGAAGAACAUACCUGGUGCUUUUAUUCUAGCGUGUGCUCCAUCUAACAGUGCCGCUGAUCAACUGUGUGAAAAACUGAUCAACAGCCAACAUGUUAACAAAGGGAAAAUCUACAGAAUCUAUGCCAGUUCACGCAAUCCUAAAGACGUCCCUGCAGCUCUAGUGAAUCACAGCAAUGUGGAGGGAAAUACGAUUGUUCUCCCAUGUAAAGAGGAUCUGAUGUCCUAUAAGAUCCUGGUCAGUACUCUGGUCACUGCAGGCAGGCUGGUCAGUGGAGGUGUUCAUGUGGGUCAUUUCUCUCAUAUCUUUGUGGAUGAAGCUGGACAUGCUGUGGAGUCAGAGACCAUCAUCAGUGUAGCUGGUUUGCUGAAUGCUGGGACAGGACAGCUUGUUUUGGCUGGAGACCCCAAGCAGCUGGGGCCAAUUCUGAGAUCUCCUUUUGCCAUUAAAUAUGGACUAGGUCUUUCAUUGCUUGAGAGGUUGAUGACACAGAAUAAACUUUAUCAAAAAGGUGCAACAGGAUAUGACAACCGCUAUGUCACCAAACUGCUAAAGAACUACAGGUCUCAUCCAUCCAUUCUGAAAGUUCCUAAUGAGUUGUUCUAUGAUGGGGAGUUGAUGGCAUGUGCAGAAGAGAUCAGCUCGAACCAAUUCUGUGCCUGGGAGCAUCUACCUAAAAGAGACUUCCCUGUGAUUUUCCAUGGAGUGAUUGGGAAGGACGACAGAGAGUCCAACAGUCCCUCGUUCUUCAACACCUUUGAAAUUGACGUCAUCAUGGAAUACCUGGAGAAGCUGCUCCUGACACAGGGCAAGAAGGGAAUUGCCAAAUUGUCCCCUAAAGAGAUUGGCAUUAUCGCCCCGUACAGGAAGCAGGUGGAGAAAAUCAGCAAAGUCAUCAAAAUAAAGUUUAAAUCCUUGAUGGGCAUUGAAGAGCUCAUGGUUGGUUCAGUGGAAGAAUUUCAAGGCCAGGAGAGGAAAGUGAUCAUUGUGUCAACUGUUCGCAGUAGCAAGGAGAACAUCACUUUUGAUGAAAAAUUCAACAUUGGGUUCCUCAAAAGUGAGAAGAGAUUCAAUGUGGCGGUGACGAGAGCCAAAGCUCUGCUGAUUAUAGUGGGAAACCCCAUCAUUCUACAGACAGAUACAAACUGGGGCAGAUUUAUUAAAUACUGCAAAGAGGAGGGAGGUUAUACCGGAUAUGAUAUUUCCAGCAUGAAGGAAACGGAUAAAGUUGUUGAUCAUUUGCUUGCUCUUGAUAUGCGCGCACUGGUGCUUGUGGAAACAGAGGAGAGUGUCGUCCAACAAUAUGUGAAUCCUUGUUGGAGACAUGAACACUGAAGUGCAGAUAAUUCUCAAAGCCCCACCUCUUCAACCACCCGCCACUGUGCAACACUGAAACCUUAAUGAAGUGUUUCAUUUUAAAGUUGACAUAUUUUAGGUAAUUAUUAGGUAGUUAUUUUGUGUGUAAGAAUGAAAUAUAUAAAUGCACAUACGGUGAAUAAGACUAUUUCCCAGAUUGUAUUCUAGACACAAUGAUAAAGCUCAUCCAGUGAUGAACAGGCAGUCAUGCAAUGACAGGGUAACACGUGUAAGCCUUAAUUUAAUAUUGUGUGAUCAUUUAUUGUGGUAAUGACGGGCUGCACAGAUGUUAAUGCGCAAUAAAUGACUGUCACUGUUUGUUUUAGAGUGGAUUUUGUUUGUGUUCUUGUUGUCUUAAACCUGCGGUACAAUGACAAUGUCUUGAUAAACCAAAAACGAAGCAAAUGCUGGAAAAUAACAUGUAUAAUAUCUUGGACCAAUGAUUUGUCAAUUCAAGUUUUUCAAAUACACUGACCAAAAUUUAAACGCAACACUCCACUCCUAAAGGAGUGGACCAACAUUCCACAGGCCACAAUCAACAACCUGAUCAACUCUAUGCGAAGGAGAUGUGUUGCACUGCGUGAGGCAAAUGGUGGUCACACCAGAUACUGACUGCUUUUUGGACCCCCAAUACAGUAAAACUGCACAUUUUAAGGUGGCCUUUUAUUGUGGCCAGCCUAAGGCACACCUGUGCAAUAAUCAUGCUGUCUAAUCAGCAUCUUGAAAUGCCACACCUGUGAGGUGGAUGGAUAAUCUCGGCAAAGGAGAAGUGCUCACUAACACAGAUUUAGACAGAUUUGUGAACAACAUUUGAGAGAAAUAGGCCUUUUGUGUUCAUAGAAAAAGUCUUCGAUCUUUGAGUUCAGCUCAUGAAAAAUGGGGGCAAAAACAAAAGUGUUGCGUUUAUAAUUUUGGUCAGUGUACAUAGCAGUGGAUUUCUUCAUGUGAUUAUACAGCAUAUGGCGCUACCUGCUGGAUAUUGGGAGUACUGCUAAAUGCGACACUUCCAUAAGUGCGAUAACUUUCAGGGUAUGUAAGUAACCAUAGCAACUUACUCUCUGAAGAUAACCUGCUCCGGAGCAGGUUAUGUUCCAGGGUUAGUUCAUUUUAAGGAAAUGUUACUACGCUUUAGGGGUUGUCUGCGCAUGUUUGCGCUUUUAAUGAGCGUCAAGUGGGAGUGGAAGCACAGAUUGCGUAUAAUAUAUUCUAAUUUUACAGCAAUAUUACAAUUACAUUUCCAAUAUCACCAAUCGCAAUUCAGCAUUCACAACUAAUUUUAUUAUUAACUUUAUUAUUUAACCUUUUAAAAUGAAAUAAUCUUUCAUCUUUAAUAAAAUAAUGUAAGCUGUUAUUGUUAACUUUAUGUAUUUAUAUUGAAUACUGUAUUUCCUUUUAAUUAGGUUUAUUAAAACAUCUCCAAAUAUCACUGGAUGAAUAUGCACACCUUACAAGGUUUAAGGUUAUUAAAGUUUUUCAUAC